AUGUGUUCUUCUAAAUACAUAAGUUUCUUUUUAAUUUUUUUAAUAAUUACAAUAAAUUGUUUUAAUAAAUUUUUUUUACUUACUUAUACUAUAAAUGACAAUAAAAAUAAAUUAGAAAAUCUUCUAAAUAUAACCAAUAAUAAUAAUGAAUUUAAUGAUUUGUCAUCAUUUAGUGAAGAAUUAAUAAAAUCUUUUUCUUUUACAUUAAAAAAUGUUCCUUUAGUACUACUUAAGGAAAAAGUAAAAAAUCAAGUUAUAAAAGCAUCUAAUAAUUUGAAUUUACCAAACCCAGAUGAAGAACUUUGUGAAAUUAAUUAUUCUGAACUAUGUCCAGAAAAUUGGAUAAACUUUGGGGAUGGUAUGAAUUGUCUAAGUCCAAUUAACUAUAAAGGUCCUUGCGAAAAAAAAGUAUCUUUUAAAAAUGCAACUGCAAUAAGUAAAUAUAAAUUUUCUAUAGAAUGUCAUGUAUCAUGGCCUUGUACUGGUACUUGUAUAGAAGAUUUUUCAAAAGAAUGCCCAUAUGAAUGGAUAUUAAACAAAGAUAUUUGUGAAGCACCCAAAAGUUACAAGGGAAAAUGUGUAAAAAAAAAAAAAUUUUCAAACUUUUCUGAAGCAGAGAAAAAAAUAUGGAGUGAUGAAUGCAAUAUAAAUUGGCCAUGCUAUGAUAAAAAUUAUGAUUUCAACAUUUUAUGUCCAAUUAAUUGGAAAAUGAACCCUGAUCAUAAGAGUUGUUUAGCUCCUGUUUCUUAUAUUGGACCAUGUGUAAACAUUCUAUAUUUAUUUGAUUUAAAUGAAAAAGAAAAAUUAUCUUUAGGAAGAAAGUGUAAUAUUGAAUGGCCUACUCAUGUAAAAAAAGAAUUAGAUUUAAAUUCACUAUGUCCUAUAGGUUGGAAAAUAUCUGACUUAGAGAAUAUAGUUUGUAAUGCACCUUUAUCAUAUAAUGGACCAUGUGGAAAAAAAAUAUCUUUUGAAAAUUUCAGUAAAGAAGAAAAAUUGGAAUUUUCACAAAAAUGUGAUGUGCAAUGGGCAUUAUUAGAUGAAAAACUACAAAAUUUUGAUUUACCUUGUCCAUAUAAUUGGGUUUUGGUUGAAAAAGAAGAAAAUAUAUGUAUAUCACCUGUAGAAUAUCAAGGACCAUGUGAAAAUAUUUUUUCUUUUAAAAAUUACACAAAAGAAAUGAAAUCUGCGUGGUCAUCUUCAUGUAAUACUGUUUUUAUAAAUGGAAAUGUAAAUAAUAUUGAAGAAAUAAAUAAACAUAGAGAAAAUAAAAUUCUAAAUAAAAAAAAAAUAUUUGGAAUAAGUAAAAAAAAUACUUUCAAUUUAAAUCCUUCUAUUAAUAACGGUCCAAUAGGUUAUAAAGGAUCUCUCUAUGAAGGAGAAGUAUUAAAUGCUGAUGAUGAAACGGAAUACUUGCCUAACAAAAGUAAUUUAAAUUAUAGUAACAAAAUAAUUGAAAUAGAAGAUAUUGGUGAUAGAAAUGAUAAAAAUUUUAUUUUAACUGACGAAAAAGUUAAAGAUCUGAUUUUAUUAAAAGAAUCUUCUGAUGACGAAGGACUUCGUGCAAGUAUAGACGAAACUAUAAAGAAUCUAAAAGGUAAAUAUUCCAAAGAAGCUUAUUUUUCGUUUAUUGAAAUAGGUAUGUUGAAUAACUUAUAUAACAAUAAUAAAUUAGAAAACGAAUAUAAUUUAAAAGAAGAUAUUUACUCAUAUAAAAAAAAUGAAAAAGAAUAUAAAGAUAACAAUGAAAAUGAUGAUGAAUAUGAACAUAAAAAUAAAUAUGACUAUGAGGAUGAACAUGAAGAUGAUGAUGAAUAUGAACAUAAAAAUAAAUAUGACUAUGAGGAUGAACAUGAAGAUGAUGAUGAAUAUGAACAUAAAAACAAAUAUAAUUAUGAAGAUGAGCAUGAAGAUGAAAAUGAAAGUGAUAUUAAUAAAAAUUACCUCAAUGAAAAUAGUACGUAUAAAACUAAUAUGGGAGAAAUUUUAUAUGAAGAUAACAUUACUGAAACAAAAAAUUUAUAUGAAAAUUAUAAAAUUGAGAAUGAAAAUUUUUCUUAUAAUGAUAUUUGUCUUGAAAAGGACUAUACUAAAUGUCCAAUAGGGUGGACUCAGAUAAAUAAUAAAGAGUGCUUAGCACCCAAAUCUUAUAUAAAGAAUUUAAGAAAAUGUAGUUCUAUAUUAAAUAUAGGAGAUAUAGUAAAAAAUGUAUAUGACGUUGCACACAAUAUGUCUUUUGUUACAGUUGACAUUGAAGAAAGAAAAAAAUUAGAGAAGAAAUGUAACAUCAAAUUUCCUUGUAAAGAAUGUGAAAGAGAUUAUGUUAGAGUUAAUUGUCCUUUAGGAUGGACAGAUAUUGGUGAUGGAAACUGUAAAGCACCCAAUGAUUAUUCAUUAUACUUAAAAGAAUUAUGUAACACUGUAGUUAAUUUUAAAUAUACAACUCCAGUAUUUAAAAGAAAUUGGAGUUAUUUAUGUAAGUCCGAUUGGCCCUGUUUUUCUGUAUGUGAAAAAAAUUAUGGAAAUAUUUGUCCAUUAGGCUAUAAACUUAUUAACGAACGAAUAGAAAAAAAUAAUGAAAACAUUUAUGUAUGUGCUAAUGAAUAUUGGAAAGAAUAUAAUUAUAGUGAUUUCGGAAAUGAAGCAGAAACAAAUAUAUGUCAUGUUAUUGAAAUAUACAAUAGUACUAUUCUAAAAAAAGAGAUUGAAAGAAAAUGUAAAGUUACAUGGCCAUGUUUAAAUAAGUGUGAAGAAAAUUUUUAUCAAACAUGCCCUUAUAAUUGGCUUUUAAAAGAUAAUAAAUGCAUUGCACCAUAUUACUAUAAUCCACCAAAAGGGUGUGAAAAUUCAUUUGAUAUAUUAAGUUUUAAUAUUUUUGAUAAAUAUCUUUUUUCUAAUAGAUGUUUUGCUCCUUGGCCAUGCAGAAAUUCUUGUCAGCAAGAUUGGUCUAACUCUUGCCCAGACGAAUGGAUACUAACAAAAAGAAAAAUUAAUAAUAAUAAAAAUAUUAGAUACUUUUGCAAAUCUUCUGAUAAGUAUAAAGGAAUAUGUGAUGAAGAAUAUGAUUUAACCGAUUUCACUUUUUUGCAGAAACAAGAUUUUUCUUUUCGAUGUAGUGUUAAAUGGCCUUGUGGAAACUCACUACAUCAUUCACGAAAUUGGCAAAAAGAAAAUAUUUAUAAUGAUACAAACUUUAAGAAACUAAAUACUCUUAAAUUUUAUAGUCCCUAUUAUUCAUCCCUUUAUAAGAAAUAUAAAACUUCUUUUUUUUAA